GGAUCACUGUCUCUAAAAUACUGGACAGACUACCUGUAUUUAAUACUAACUAUACGGUAUGAACUAGCUUUUCUCAAAACAGAAAUUAUUGAUAUAAUAGAUCCAGAUCUGAUCUGACAUUGGACAUUUUUCUGGAUCAUUUUGAUAGAUUUCAUUCCUUAUCAAGCCUUCAGUGGCAAUUAAAGGGAGGCCUAUCUAUGAUUUUUCAUGGAUUUUAGAUCAGAAGGAACCAGAAGUGCAUUUGAGAUUGAAAGAAAAUGUAUAUCACAAACUACACCUGUCAAACACAACUUAUGAAAAGUACCACGAAUAUUUUAGCAAUCAUUGCUAUUAUAACAACAAUUGGAUUGUACUUUCAAGACAGAAAAUCUACUGGAACAUCUAAAGACUCAUUUUGGUCCCUGAAAGGCUCUCCAUGUAAUCCAAAAACAAACAUUGUAUUUGUAAAGGUACAUAAAUGUGCGAGUUCUACAUUAAGUAACAUCUUCCAGAGAUUUGGUGAGAAACAUCAUUUGAAGUUUCUCCUUCCUGAAGACAAUUGCUAUCUUGGGGGCUACCCGGAACCUUUUAAGAUUCUCCCUGGAUAUCGGGGACACAAGUAUAACAUGAUGGUCAAUCACAUGGUAUUUAAUAAGCAACCAAUUCGAGAAUUAAUGCCAGAGGACACUGUAUACAUUGGUGUUGUGAGACACCCUGUAUCUCAUCUCCAAUCUAUUUAUAAUUAUUUCAAACUUUGGGAAAGGGGCCUACCUGCUUUGGAUCAAUUUGAACAAAAUCCAAUACUGUUUUACGGAGGCGCAAAAACAGAUUUAGCAAAGACGCAAGUGAAAAACUUCCAGAGUUUUCAUUACAAGUUGGCAGCAUCAGCAAAUCCUAAAGCCACUGAAGUUGAACGAUUUGUAAAGACCAUUGAUAGACAGUUCGACUUUGUGAUAGUAGCUGAUCAUUUAAAGGAGUCUCUGCUCUUGUUAAAGGAUUUCCUCUGCUGGAGCAUGGAGGAUAUCCUAUUUGUGUCUCAUAAAGUUCGUAACAAGGACAGUAUAUCUGGUGAACACCACAUUGACCUUAAGUUGGUUGAGAGAAAUAUUCAAAAAUGGAGUUUGGCAGAUUUUGCACUUUUUGAACAUUUUAAUAAAACUUUAUGGAACAAGAUUGCGAAUAUUGAUCCUGAUAUGUUUGAAAAUCAACUAAACGAAUAUAACAAUCAACUCGAAAUUGUACGUGAAACAUGUUCAAAAUAUGGACUCUCGACCAAAAAUAAUUAUGAAAAUAAAGCAACAUUAAAUGAAAAUAAUUCUACAGAACACGAAGAAUCUGAAUUCUCCCGAUGCUCUCUCAUGUAUUUGAACCCAGUGCAGUAUGUCCAACGUCUUAAAUUAUUAGACAGCAUAAACACUUAAAUAAGGGUAGUUGAAAAUAGAAUAUAGUUAUAAAGUCGAGUAAUCAGUGCAGGGAGUGUCACAUAUAAUCAG